AUGGUUUCAGCCAAAAGCGCGAUCUAUUAUGCCUUCCACCCUAAUCAACUACGUUCCAUGAUACAAUGGAAAGUCUGGCACGAGCCCGUUCACACACGAGAUCAAUCCAAAGAAGCACCCACCCUUACAUCAUGCUUCCACUUCCUCAAUUUGACGAGUCGCAGCUUCGCGGCCGUCAUCCAAGAGCUGAACUCUGACAUGCUCGUUCCCAUCGCCCUCUUCUACUUGGUUCUGCGUGGACUCGAUACCAUUGAAGAUGACAUGACCAUCGAUGCCGACACGAAAGAGCCGCUGCUCCGUGACUUCUACAAGAACAUGCGGACCGAGGGCUGGACAUUCAAUGGCAACGGGCCCAUGGAGAAAGAUCGCGAGCUGCUGAUUCACUUUGACGUCGUGGUCGCGGAGCUCCAGAAGCUCAAGAAAGGCUAUUACGACAUCAUCGAGGACAUCACCAUCAAGAUGGGCAACGGCAUGGCCGACUACGCCCUGGGUGCCGAACACAAGGAUGGUAUUGAGACGAUCGCGCAGUACGAGGAGUAUUGCCACUAUGUUGCGGGCCUUGUUGGCGAGGGUCUUACCCGACUCUUCGUCGAAGGAAAUUACGCGAACCCUGCCCUAAUGGAUCGUAUGGAGCUCACAGAGAGCAUGGGCCAGUUCUUACAAAAGACCAACAUUGUCCGAGACGUACAUGAAGAUUUCCUGGACAAGCGCCGCUUCUGGCCCAAGGCCAUCUGGAGCAAGUAUGUCGACAAAUGGGAAGACAUUUUCGAGCCCAAGAACAGGACCUUGGCGCUGCAAUGUAGCUCCGAGAUGGUGUUGAAUGCGCUCAAGCAUGCUGACGAGUGUCUGUUCUACAUGGCCGGCAUUCGUGAGCAGAGCGUGUUCAACUUCGUGGCAAUCCCUCAGUCCAUGGCCAUUGCGACGCUGGAGCUGGUGUUCCAGAACCCCAAGAUAUUCGACAGCCAUAUCAAGAUCACCAAGGGCGACGCCUGCCAGCUCAUGAUCGAGUCGACACAGAACCUGAGGGUUGUAUGUGACACGUUCCGACGGUAUGCGAGAAGGAUAGCGAAGAAGAACGACCCAAGGGAUCCACAUUACCUCGAGAUCAGUUCUGCAUGUGGCAAGAUCGAGCAGUUCAUCGAGACGUUGUUCCCGUCUCAAGAUCCCAAGAAGGUCGCAUUGGUGCAAGAUGCCAAGAAAGACGAGGACAAGAUGGAUCCUUGGGAGGGCUUUAUCUUGAUUGGAGCCGCGAUACUGGUCCUAUUGCUGGUUUCAGGACUUAUGAUUGGUGUAGCAUGGGCAUUCGGUGCGAGGUUCGAUGCCAUGUUUGACAAGACGUGGACGCAGCCAUCCGUCUUGCCCGACCCAUCAACACCUACCACCAUGGCGUCAGUGACCCACGGAGAGUUAUAG